AGAUGUUUAACUGAUAACAACUGAUAACAGGAAAACACAUUUAUGAGUGGAGGGUGACUUUAAGAUGUUGCAAUAACUGACUUCCUGUAUUUCUGCAGUUUUUAGACAUUAGGAACAAGUGGCAUCCACAAACUUUCCAACCAAACAAAGUGGCCUGUAUUUUCUCUUGUAACAGCAGCAAACUUUGGUGCUUCAGGCCUCAUUUCACUCUAAAGUAAAAACACUUCAGUUUUGCCUAAUUUCAAGCAGAGGGCUCUUUGGGGAUCAUGUUUCCGUCUGUGAAUGUGGUGACAGCCAGCGUGUUGUUGGGAUUCUUGUUAGUUUCGGGUGUUUUGGCUGCUUGUCCUAAGCCAGCAGUCCUCUUCAUUACUGCACCAAAGAUGAAGAUGGAAGCACUGAGUGGAUCUUGUUUGCAAGUCCCAUGUAAAUUUACACCUAAAAUGGGACAAACGUUUGACGGCAGGGGAGAAACGUUCGGAGUGUGGAUUAAACAUGACUCCGCAUUUGGAAACGAUUUUAACAACGUGAUUUUCAACAGCAGUGGGACAGUUAACACCUAUCCAAUGAGGAUUACUGGAAACCUGAGUGAGAAAGACUGCACCACUCUGUUUUCCAGUUUAUUAACAAGGUACACAGACACGUACUACUUCAGAAUUGAGAGCAAAUCAUUGACUGCAACGGCUUCCUGCGAUCCUGUUAAAAUAACAGUUCGAGAUUCUCCUCCGAGGCCCAGAAUUGAGAUCUCAGGUGAUCUGAAAGAGGAGCAGUCUGUCACUAUAACCUGCUCAGCUGUCACUCCCUGUCCACACUCCCCUCCUCAACUCACCUGGAGUCUCCAACAAGACGCUCGCAACAACAUGGAGGAAAACGCAGAUGGAACCUUUACAACUAAAAUCCAGGAGACCAUCACUCUGUCAGACCAACAUGAUGGAAACAACAUCACCUGUUCUGCCACAUAUCCUGUGAAUGAAGGAAAAGAUGUCAGGACGGCCCAGGAGACAAAGACUCUCAGUGUGUCAUAUGCUCCCAAGGACACCUCAGUGUCCAUCAGUCCAUCAGGUUUGGUGUCAGCAGGUAGCUGGGUGAACCUGACCUGCUCCAGCAGAGCCAAGCCUCCUGUCAGCUUCAGCUGGUUCAGGAUCAGCAAAGAUGGACCCACGUUGGUAUCUGAAGGACACUUUUACAGCUUUAAUGUGACAGAAGGAGGAGUUUAUUACUGCGUGGCCACAAAUCACCUUGGUAGACAACAAUCAUCAGAUGUCCACCUGCCUAACAAAGAGCAGCCUGGUAGCUCGUGGGGCCCAGUUGUUGGAGGAAUCAUCGGGAUUAUUGUUCUCAUCUGUGUGGUUGUGACCGUUUGGUGGUUAAAAUCAAGACAUCCAACUUUACAGCUGACACAGAGCCUAACAGCUGAAGAGCCAAAGACAGCCAAAACAACCGAAGACAUCCAUUACGGGGAGAUCGACUUCUCCAGGUGGGGACCUCAGGCCUCGGUGCAGGACGGUGGACAGCAUCAGGACACACUGUAUGCACAGGUCAAAGUGUCCAAGAUGGCAAACACUUUAACACGAUGCUGACGGCCCACAGUCCGUCUGUGCUCGAGUGAAGAAAAGAUGAACGCGUGGACGUGUUCCAUCCCAACAAAUGAUCUAAUCAUUACGAGAAAAUGUUGUUCACUGCCUGCAAUUCUCCGCAUUUUGUCAGCACUCAAGAAGGCUCUUCUUGGACAUGUGCAGCUUGUCAAAUUCCUUGAAUGAGUUGUCACUCUCUGCCAGUGAGGCUGCUUCUGGUCCACCACACAGCUGAUUUGCUGUGACAGACUCCAACAUUGUGGCAAACCCUUUUAACAUUUAAUCAGCAGCGGCAGCACAAACUGUAGGUCGACAGUUGCUUUUUGACGAGUUAGAAAAGCCAACUUGUCAUCAUGUAAUUUUGACUCAUAGAAAUUCUCAUUAAAGAUGUUUACUUUUCGUAAAAAUGUCUGACAUCAACAUUUGAUUUCCUGGUAGAGGAAAUGUUGAUUGUAUCUGGAAGAGAAAUACAACCGGUGAUCUCAUACCAUUGACUUCUGUUCAGACUCACUGACAGAUAACUGUUUGAUUUUUACAUGAAACAUAUUGUCAUUUUAACUAGUCGCAGUUCUAUUUAUUUUUAUUUUUAUACACAGUAAAAGCUGUUAUUAUUAUGUGUAGUAUCUCAUCAUUUAUUUGUAGUGUUGCCUCCAUUGCUUCUCUUUUAUUGUUAAUUUUGUAUUAAACUGAACUACACCUCUUG